AAAAAGAAAAGCAAGAAAACGAAAGAAAAAAAAAAGAAGAAGAAAAAAUCGUUCCUCUACAGAAAAGAGGAACCGAACGAUCUGAGAGAGAGAGAGAGAGAGAGAGAGAAAGAGAGGAGAGAGAGUGGAGCAAGAAAGUUUUCAGAGAGAGAGAGAGAGAGAGAGAGCGGAAUAUUACGGACAUCGCCGGAACUCUGCGCGAUCUUGCGGGAGGAACAAGUGGGAAGAUAUAUAGAAUCCGGGUUGGUUCUUGGAUCGGGUAUCUGUUUGUAUUUUUGAGGCGACCGGAAAUGGUGAAUUCUAUGGUGGAACGCGCCACAAGCGACAUGCUCAUAGGUCCUGAUUGGGCCAUGAAUAUCGAAAUCUGUGACAUGCUCAACCAUGACCCUGGGCAAGCAAAGGAUGUUGUUAAAGGUAUAAAGAAACGCAUUGGAAGUAAGAAUGCUAAAGUUCAACUUCUUGCUCUUACACUGUUGGAGACUAUUGUAAAGAAUUGUGGGGACAUUGUUCAUAUGCAUGUAGCAGAAAAAGAUGUUCUGCAUGAGAUGGUGAAGAUAGUAAAGAAGAAGCCUGAUUUCCAUGUCAAAGAGAAGAUAUUGAUUCUGAUAGAUACUUGGCAAGAAGCUUUUGGAGGACCGAGAGCAAGAUAUCCGCAAUAUUAUGCUGCAUACCAGGAAUUAUUGCGUGCUGGAGCUGUAUUCCCUCAGAGAUCUGGGGCUGCUCCUGUAUUUACACCUCCACAAACUCAACCAUUGACAUCAUAUCCUCCAAAUAUUCGCAAUGCUGAUCUUCAGCAAGAAGGAGCUGAGCCUUCUGCGGAGUCUGAGUUCCCGACCUUAAGCUUGUCAGAAAUUCAAAAUGCACGGGGUAUCAUGGAUGUUCUUGCAGAAAUGCUUAAUGCAAUAGAUCCAGCCAAUAAAGAGGGGCUCAGGCAGGAGGUUAUUAUUGAUUUGGUUGACCAAUGCAGGACAUAUAAGCAAAGAGUGGUUCACCUUGUUAACUCGACCUCGGAUGAAUCACUUUUGUGUCAAGGAUUAGCGCUGAAUGAUGAUUUGCAACGUUUACUAGCCAAGCAUGAAGCUAUUGCUUCAGGAACUCCUGUUCAAAAAGAAAACCCAAAGCCUGAACCUUCUGGAGCACUUGUAGAUGUUGAUGCCCCUCUAGUUGACACUGGAGAUAGCAGCAAACAGCCUGGUAUGAGAUCCACCGCAAGUGCCAGUGCCAGUACCAGUACCAGUACCAGUGCCAGUGCAGGGGGUAGUUCGCUGAAUCAGUUAUUACUUCCUGCUCCAGCAGCAAAUGGUCAGGCUCCUCCAGCAAAUAUUAAUCCUAAAAUGGACCUUCUUAGCGGAGAUGAUUUUAGUUCACCAAAGGCAGAUAAUUCACUGGCUCUUGUUCCUGUGGGAGGGCAACAGCCAACCAGUUCUGUGUCUGAUCAGACUGCUCUUGUUCUUUUUGACAUGUUUUCUGACACAAAUUCUGUAAACACCCAGUCUGGUAAUGUUCCUGGACAAAACGGUCCUUUGACACCCCAUACCCAACAGCAGCAGAAUUUUCAAUCUCCACAAGGUGGAUAUUAUCCAAAUGGAGGUGUCCCAAACGUGGGCGCACCUCAGUACGAGCAGUCACUAUACACACAGGGGAAUGCUCCUGCCUGGAAUGGUCAGAUUACACAGCAGCAGCAGCCACCUUCCCCAGUAUAUGGUGCUCAAAGCAGUGGGUCAUUACCUCCGCCACCCUGGGAAGCUCAGUCAACGGAGGAUAGUAGCCCUGUAACAAGUGCUCAAUACCCUCAGAUGAUUGUCACACAGGCUCCAGGUGGUCUGCAUCCCCAGGGAGCUCAUCCGAUGGGUAACGAGCAAGUGGUAGGGAUGUAUAUCCAGCCGAUUACAAGCAAUCAUUUGUCAACUAUUAAUAGCCAGGUUGGUCCAAAUAAUCAGCUGGGUUUGCACCCUCAUGCGAUCCAGGGAGGGCCAUACAUGGGUAUGCUUCCACAGCCCAUGCAGGCGGGGCAUAUGGGAACAAUGUACUCUCAACCAAUGUAUGGCAAUCAGAUGGCGGGUUAUGGCUAUGGUCAGCAACAAGGGAAUCAUUACCUGGACCCGCGAAUGUAUGGUCUAUCUAUAAGAGAUGAUAGUUCUUUGGGAAACAAUUACCAGGUUUCCACUUCGUCUUACGUCCCACCCAGUGGUAAGCCUUCCAAGCCAGAGGAUAAACUCUUUGGAGACCUUGUUAACAUGGCCAAGUUUAAGUCUAAUAAAACCACGGCUGGCAGAGCUGAUAGCAUGUGAAAAUGUGAUCGGUUUCUGCAUUUUCUUUUUUUUCCUUUUUUAUUUUUUAUGGUGGCCAACUUUUUAAUUUUUUCAUCCUUGGCUAUUUUUCAAUAUAUAUAUUUUCUUCUUCGGUUCGUAUUUGUGUUUGCUUGUCUGGCAUUGGUGUACAUUCCUUGUAGAGAAAAACCUGAAAAAGGGAAGACCUUCUUGUGAAUUAGAUUGAAUUUAAGAAUUUGGGAUUUCAUUAUUAUUA